UCAAACGUCAUCGUCAUCAAACUGCGACAGUGUUUUCUUUUUUUUCCUCUCAAAACAAACAGCAACAAAGCUAGCUGCGAAGUUUAGACGCAACUCCCACCAGCUAUGUUGACUGACUGCGCUGCUGGACUCCCCAGCACUGAAUGAGGUGUGGUCUUCUGCUAGUGCUGUCGUGCAAGUGCUGCAGCCGGGAUGGGCCAGCAGAUCUCAGGCCAGGCGGUUAUGACACGUCUGCCUGAGAAGCUGGUGAAACACGCCGGACUGGUCCGGGACAGCGGCUACCUCACCUACGAGGAGUUUCUGGCAAGGGUGGCCGAACUGAACGACGUGACGGCCAAGCUCGCCGCUGGCCAGCAGAAGCACCUGCUGUUUGAGGUGCAGCCAGGCUCAGAUGCCACAGCCCUGUGGAAGGUGGCUGUCAGGAUCGUCUGCACCAAGAUCAACAAGGUGGACGGCAUGGUGGAAGCGUCGCGCAUCAUGAAUCUGUACCAGUUCAUCCAGCUGUACCGUGACAUCACCAGCCAGGCCGCAGAGGUGCUGGAGGCAGGGUGCGCCACCGAGGGGCCCUCAGCACCACUGCCGUCCACAGACUCCUGCCAGGCUAGCAUGUGGAUGGGCAGGGUGAAGCAGCUGACUGACGAGGAGGAGUGUUGUAUCUGCAUGGAUGGCAAGUCUGACCUUAUUCUGCCCUGUGCACACAGCUUCUGUCAGAAGUGCAUCGACAAAUGGAGCGGACAGAGUCGAAACUGUCCAAUAUGCCGCCUGCAAGUGACCGCUGCCAAUGAAUCGUGGGUAAUGUCUGACGCCCCCACAGAAGACGACAUAGCCAGCUACAUCCUCAACUUGGCCGAUGAGGCAGGCCACCCACACAGGCCUUAACACUCCACACACCGAGCCACUUUGACGACAGGAGAAAUCAACCCAGAUAAUAAAUAGACUUCACAUGGUUCAACAUUAAAAGAAAUCUAGAAAAACAAUCUAGAAACACACGAGAAACCGGCCCAGUUUCCGGUUUCGGUGUGUUUCUGGGUGCCAGGUUAGGAAACUGAAGCUUUGUCUCCAUUUACGGCCUUGAACGCCGAAAAUUCUUUGUCCACCUGUCAUUGCAACCCAUAUAGAGUAGAUGUGGUGCUAUAUGGGAACUGUAUGUGUGGUAAUAAAUAGUUUCAGUGGAAAUAACAUAUUUAUAACAUAAGCGAUACUUUCCGGUUCAGCAAACAAAAUAACUACAAGUCUACAGUUAAUUGUCUGGUUGAUUUAAUGUGGGAUAAGCUGUGAUACAAGUUCAGUGUUGCCUCUCACAUUACUGUGAUGCUACAGAGGCAGAGACAGGGGAAGUGGACUGAGCUCAGCCCUCACUCUGAGAGGGCUGAUCAUUAUAAUUCACACGUAUUAACAUCCUUAGAGCAGAUGUGCUAAUCUAAGAUCACCAAACAUGCCACCUUUUGCCAGAGAUCCUGGCCGAGCUGGAAGGCUGAAAGUGACAUUAUUUUUCCACUUAAAAGCUGUCAUAUAGUCAGUGUAAUGUAAUACUGCAUGUUUAUAUCCCACAUGACAUGCCUUAUGAGCCGUGUUAUGUGCACCUGUUGUGAACUGACCUGAUAUUGCACCGAUCCAGGUCAUGACCUAAAAUUGUAGCUAUUAGUUUUUGGGGUGUACAGAACUAAAUGGGUUUGCUUUUUUAGAAUUCGCUUGGUGUGUCGUCGUCUUCACUGUUGGUUGUUUAUAUUCCCACCUCUUAUUAUUUUGACUUUUCUUUUAAUUUUUUUUUUCUAUAUAAUUUUAUUUAAGAUUUUUUUUUUUAUCUGAGAGAACUGGAGACUUACUGUGGUUAAAUUCUUCAAAUGUAUUUCAAACACUUGUCUGUUUGGUCAUGCUUAAUCAUAGUUAAAAUAUAAAGUAGUUUGAAAUAUGAAGAAUUUCUGUUUUUAAAUAGGCAGCUUUAUAGUUUCAAAUUAACUUUGCUAGAUUAUUGGAAUAGUUCACUCACCCAAAUGAAAAUGUUGUCAUUAUCUCAGCUCAGCCUCCUGUCAGUUGAAACACUGAUGAUAAAUAUUGUGAUUAUUUGGAUAGAUGGAUUAUGUGCUUUAGAAUAAUUUAACAUUCUUUGUUUGUUUGUUUGUUUGUUUGUUUGUUUGUUUGUGGCCCUGGAUUCACUCCACUGUUAGAGGAGGCCUCUAGUGAGCUGUGCUUUCUAACCUGCUGUGUGUUACAUGGACAUACAGACCUCACCAGUGUUUCCAGUGAAAUGAGAAUGAGCAUAUAACGGCCACAUUUUCAUUUUUGGAUGAACUCUUCCUUUAAAUUUGUAGAAUUUGAAAUCAUGCACUAGUUUCAGUUUCAAGUAUUUCAGGAAAUGUGAAAAUGUAUUAACCUUAAUUUUUAUCAUGAUAAUGCAAAUUUCUAUUUUACUGAAAAAGAAUAACAUUAUUUAAGGUGGUGGUAACAUGAAAUAUUAGCUAUCUUUGCAUUAUCUAUUAUUAAUGAAUAUUCAGUGACUUAAACAUGUUUUGCACAUGGUAGGCAUUUGUCAUCAAUCUUAGUCAUUGUCAGAUUUUAACCUAAGUGUUAGACACUAACGACAUAUCAAGUAUUAUUAAAUCUAAGCCUUUUAGUUUUAAACAUCAGACAUUUACUACUAAAACUUUGCUUUCUGUUCAUGAUAAGAGCCCGUACACGUGAAAUUCAAUUUUACUAAAUGUAAUUUUUGGUAGUUGAUGCUGGCAGAUCACCCUUUGGAUCUUUGCUGUAGUUUUCACUGAGAGGAUUGUAGCUUUGAAAAGGCAGCAGCGACCGCCAGUGGUGGGUCAUUUUAUCUGACACUGUAAUCUCUUUUAGAGCAGCCGACACCCUGCACACCAAAACAUGUGCAACAGUACAAGGGACAUUCUGCACCAGAUUAAACACGCUCGCUCCAGAGACGGAGGCCAGUCAAGUCUAGUGGUUUAUCUACAAAAAAAGUUCUUCCUCUUCAUCUUCAAAUUGCUUUGUAAAGAUUAUUGAAAAGAUCAAAAAUUAUAUAUUGUAUGUAGCACCCAUGACGAUAGAAAUUUAUUGUACCAUUUGAUAUGUCUCAGAAAAUUGGAGAAAAUGUUUUAAUUUUCACAGAGGGGUUUUUUUUUUAAGCACACUUAAUCAGGGCCCCUAACUGAGUACAUAAACAUAACUGCUGUGUAAUAUGAUGUUGCAGCCUUAAGGCCCCAAGUCCCAAUAGAUAACAGCUCAAAUGGAGGUGUAAAAGAUUGAAACCUACCAUUCUUCUUGUAUUAUCCUUAAUAAAGAGAUAAUCACUUUUUGCACUUUA